AUGGGGGACGCUCACCGGAGGAGCCGGGGACUCGGGGGUCUCUCCUCCAGGACCCGGGUCUCCAUGGAGACCAAGCUCCGGCUGCGGGUGGUCUUCCUGGACGAGAGCGAGCGCACGUUCGAGGUGGAGCAAAAGGUUUUAGGAGGCGACUUCUUCAACAAAGUGUGCGGUCACCUCAAGCUGCUGGAGAAGGAAUACUUUGGACUGGAGUUCAGACACCACAGUGGAAACUACGUUUGGUUGGAGCUGCUGAAGCCGCUGGCCAAACAGAUUAAAUACACCAGCGAUCUUUUCUUCAGGUUUAUAGUUAAGUUCUUCCCUCCGGACCCGGGGCAGCUCAAGAGAGGCCUCACCAGGUAUCUUUUUGCCUUACAGAUGAAACAGGAUUUGUCGAACAGCAGUCUGACCUGUAACGACAACAGCGCCGCCCUGCUGGUCUCUCACAUAUUGCAGUCAGAGCUCGGGGACUUCGAUGAGGAUCUGGAUUGUCAACAUCUAGAGAUGAAGCAGUACGUCCCCAACCAGGAAUAUCUGGACAACAAGAUCAUCAAGUUCCACAAGAGACACAGAGGUGCGUCUCCGGCAGACUCGGACAUCCACCUGCUGGAGGUGGCCAGGAAGUUGGACAUGUACGGUAUCCGGCCGCACCCGGCCCACGACGGGGAGGGGAUGAGGAUCAACCUGUCCGUCACUCACUCCGGAGUGCUGGUGUUCCAGGGAAACACCAAAAUAAACACUUUCAGUUGGGCGAAGAUCCGCAAGCUGAGUUUCAAGCGGAAACAUUUUCUCAUCAAACUGCACGACAAAGUGGGGCCGUCCUGUAAAGACGUUCUGGAGUUCGCCAUGGCGAGUCGGGACGUGUGUAAAUCCUUCUGGAAGACGUGUGUCGAGUAUCACGCCUUCUUCAGACUCGAGGAGGAACCGACGGCGAUUCACAAAACAGUGUUGUCCUGUAAGGGCUCCAGCUUCAGAUACAGUGGACGGACUCAGAAACAGCUGCUGGAGUGUUUGGGAUCCGGGGAGAAGAAGAGAACUUACUGUCAGUCGGACUACGAUCCCAGACAGUGUCGGUCGUCUCCUGAUCUCCUCACCGACGUCUCCAAACAAAUGUAUCAGGACUCACAUCCCUUCCUCCGGGCGACCCGUGCCUUGGCGCUCCAGUGUCAGAACGAGUUGGUCCCGCAUCAUCGAGGCGUAGACGACAUCAGGAGGGGGCGGGCUAAACGCAGCCAAUCAUCUGUGGAGGUUGCCCGGAAGCCUUGGCCUCUGUCCCAGGUCUCGCCCCUUUCUCCUCUGCACCAGUCAAGCCCCUCCCCGAAGACGAGAUCGGCCUCUACGUCUCUGAUGGAGGACGUGAGGGCCGGACGCAUCGAGAUGCAGCGCCAGGCCCAGCGGCUCGCCGGGGUCUACGGCAACCGGUCCAGACGUCGGCCCAAUCCCCAGCCAGACCCGGACGCCGCCCAGCAGCUGGUGCUUCUCUACCCAAACAGUCCUGCCUACCAGUACCGCCCCAUCCUCCCAUCAUUCCCAUCAGCUGGGUCCUCGCCGCUCAGCCGCUACCCCUACCUGACGGACUAUGUUGCCGUUUCGUCGCUGGAGCGCUUCCCGCAGCCACGGAGGCGGGACUAUGUGCCAACGGAAGGCCUAUCGCGGCCGUCCUACUACCCACUAGGCCAAGAUUCGCCGUCUGCCUCACCAAUCAGGAGGAGCCUCCGCCCCGGUGGCUCAGGCGGGUUGCCCAGAGUUUACCAGCAGGGAAGCAAUGGGGGAAGGUUCUUGAGCAUCGGACACACGGAGGCCGGCCAUUACAGUGACGACUGCAACUUCCUCCCGGGGCUACCUCGCCGCGUGGCGAGCCAACCAGAUGUCAAGUUCCAUCUCUCAAGGAGUUCGAACCCCGCCUUUAACCCCGCCUCUGAGUUCCGGCCCCUUGGGUACUACCCUCACCUGAACCGGCCCACCAGACCCACCUACCUCCCACUAAACUCCUCCCCUCUGCCACAGCGCCCCACGUCGCUUUGCAUGAUCGGAGGAACGACAGGAAGCUACAGCGACUCGGACCCAGAGGUUUUCUACCCAUAUUACUGCCAACCACCCCCACUGGGGAGGAUGGCUCGGUCCGCUGGUCUGGCCAGGAUGAGGUUUUCCUCUGGAAGCCUCCAACUAGACGAAGAGGAAGAGGAGGAGGAGGAUGAUGGAGCAGCGAUGGAAAAGGCCAAAAGGGUAAUGAGGAGUGAGGAGGAGAAUAAAGUGAGAAGUGAGAGAGGAGAGAUGAAAGGUCCGAUGAAGAUGACAGAGGUCACAUUGUAG